AACCUCGUUACUUUACGACUCCGCGUGUUUAUUUCUUAGUUAUUUGUUAGUUAAAUUGUGAUAGUAUUUAUUUUGGAUAAAAUAAAAAAGUGACAAUAAUGGGUAAAGUUCGAUCAGCACCGGGAGCGCCCCGCAAACAGGGGUUCAAUAAAUCUGGACAUUCUAUGAAUCCAGACCGUCCUACAGAAGGUUUGAAGGGUGUUGGUAAGCCAAGAACAAAGGCAACAAUUAAAAGGCUGCAGAUGUACCGUAAUUUUAAGGCAAAAAGAGACAAGACUGGGAAAAUCUUAACACCCGCGCCGUUUCAAGGCUGGUUACCAUCAGGUACACAAGCUAGAGUAGAACCGAAUCAGAAGUGGUUUGGCAAUUCUCGGGUGAUUUCACAGAAUGCUUUACAAAAAUUUCAAGAAGAGUUUGGAGCUGCCGUUAAAAAUCCAUACAAGGUUAUCAUGAAGCCCACAAACUUACCUAUCACAUUGCUGAACGAGAAAGCUAAACAUGCCAGGGUUCAUCUUUUGGAUACUGAAGGUUUUGACAAAACUUUUGGCCCUAAAAAACAAAGAAAGCGUGUAAAUUUGAAAUUCAAUGAUAUAGAAAAUCUCUCCAAAGCAGCUGAAAUAAGUAGUGAAAAAUAUGACGAAAGUAAAGAUAUUGAUCUAGUGCGUGAAGACACUGGUGUUAGAGAGGGACAGAGAGAUUGGGUGUUUGGUGCCGGGAUGAGUAAAAGAAUCUGGAAUGAAUUAUAUAAAGUAGUAGAUUCAUCUGAUAUUCUACUGCAAGUCCUUGAUGCUCGAGAUCCUAUGGGUACAAGAAGUCCUUAUGUUGAGAAGUUUUUGAAAGAAGAAAAGCCACACAAACACCUGAUUUUUAUCUUAAAUAAAGUAGAUUUAGUUCCCAACUGGGUAACACAGAGAUGGGUUGCUAUACUUAGUGCAGAAUACCCAACCAUAGCAUUUCAUGCGUCAAUGACCCAUCCAUUUGGUAAAGGGUCACUUAUAAAUUUGUUACGUCAGUUUGCUAAACUACAUAUUGAUAAAAAACAAAUCAGUGUUGGUUUAAUUGGAUACCCUAAUGUUGGAAAGUCAUCAGUUAUUAACACUUUAAGAGCUAAAAAGGUCUGCAAAGUUGCUCCAAUUGCAGGAGAAACAAAGGUUUGGCAAUAUAUUACUUUGAUGCGAAGGAUAUUCUUGAUUGAUUGUCCUGGUAUUGUUUAUCCUUCAGCCGAGACAGAUACAGAAAAAGUUUUAAAAGGUGUAGUAAGAGUGGAAUUGGUACAAAAUCCAGAAGAUUAUAUUGAAGAAGUCAUAAAGAGAGUUCGGAGAGAUUACUUAAUCAAAACAUAUAAAGUUGAUGGAUGGGAAACUUCAACUGAGUUCCUAGAAAAACUUGCUGCAAGGACAGGAAAGUUACUUAAAAAAGGUGAACCUGACAUCUCACAGGUUGCUAAGAUGGUACUCAAUGAUUGGCAAAGAGGUAAAUUGCCCUUUUAUGUAGCUCCUGAAGGUUUUGAAGUGCCUUUGUCUAAGCAAGUUGAAAAGCAAACUGAGGUGCAGGAUGAAGACAAACAACAAACUAAAAUCCAAGAAAGUGAGGACAAAGCUGAAAAAAAUAUCAAGGAAGUUGUGGAAACACCUGAACAACCUAAAUUGAUAGUCAACAAGUUGGUAAUAGCACAGGACUUUGCUAAAAUAAGAGUAGGUUUACCAUUUGACAACGAACAGGAUGUCAAACCACUUCAAGAAAUUGAAAUUCCUGAAGAGUUGAAAGGUAUUGAUGAUGGAGAUGAGAAUGAUAAAUCUUUAAACGAAUCCCAAACUAUAGAUGAGAAUGAUAAAAAAGAAGAUGAAAAUGAUUCUGAUUCAGAUAUUAGUAACUUUUAUAGCAAUGAUGAAAAAGAGUGCAGUGAUGUAGAAGAUUAUUUAACAAACAAUCCAGAAACUGUAAAGGAAUUAAAAAGAAAAAGGUUGGAAGUGGCCAGUGGCACUUUCACUGUAGAGGAAGUACCAAACAAGACUGCAAAAGUUAAAUCAUCUAUUGUUGGAAAUAAAUUAACAGCUAAACAAAGAAGAGCAUUAGAAAGGGCCCAACGUAGGACUAAAACAGGAAGCAACUUCUAUGAAGUAUCCAAUAUGUCAUCUGGCAGUGAAAGUGAUGAUGAUUAUGUACCAAAAGAAGCUGAACAACUCUCCGAAGAGGAAUCAGCGGAUGACGAAACUGAAGCACAAUAUGAAAAUGAAGUAGAUCAAAAGACUACAAAAAGAAAAGCAGUACAAAGAAAAACUAAAAAGAAGAAGAAGACUUGCAAUGGUGAUAAAGAAGAGUCUAAAGAUGAAAAGGAAAUAGAUAAAGUUGAGACAAAACCGGAGGAUGAAAAGAAACGAGAAGAUGAUCUGUGGGCUAUGUUUUUGGAAGGAACGGAUACAAAACCUAAAUCUGCGAACAAUUCUAAAACUGAAACACAACCAACAAAAACAAUAACUAAGUGUGAUACAAGUAAAAAUACUUCAACAAAUAACACCAAGACCUCCACUGAAACUGAUAAAGAAAAAGAGAGAAGGAUUUUUGAAUUUGCAGGCGAAACAAUUAUUGUGGAAAAUAAUGUCAUCAAAGAAAAGAUCAAAACAACUGAGACUUCACCUUCAGUGAGUAAAACAAUACCUUCUCGAAGUCGCGGAGGUGGUGGUCUAUCGAAUGUUCUGGGUCAGCUUAAUAAGAAAAACAAACUUUCCACACUCGAAAAGUCCAAGCUUGAUUGGGACACAUUUAAAAAGGAAGAGGACAUUGAAGCAGAAAUAAAAAGUCAUAAUAAGGGAAAACAAGGUUAUCUAGAGAGACAAGAUUUCCUCGCGCGCGCAGACGAACGUCAGUAUGAGAUCGAGAGAGAUCUCAGAUUAAGCAAAAGAAGCAACCGAUAAACU